AUGGUGCGUGGAGCAAGGAAAGCUAUUGCUGUCGGAGUUGCGGUGGCUGUUGCAUGCGGCCUGCAGAAGCACUUGAAUUUUGUGCCUGGGCCUCGGCAUGCUGCUCCAGUGGCCGCAGCAGCAGCCAGCAUGAUGAUGGCUCCUGCGGCUUUUGCUGAUGAGAUCGGCGAUGCUGCAAAGAAGCUUGGGGAUGCCUCCUACUCUUUUGCCAAGGAAGUGGACUGGAACAAUGGCAUUUUCCUGCAGGCCCCUGGCAAGUUUCAGCCCUUGUCAGCUUUGAAAGCCAUUGACAAGAUGAUCGAAAUGGGGGCAGCCGCAGACCCCAAGCUUCUGAAGGAGGCAGCAGAAGCACAUCACAAGGCCAUCGGGAGCAUCAGCGGGCCAAAUGGUGUGACUUCGCGCGCUGACUGGGAUGCCGUGAAUGCAGCCCUUGGCCGUGUAGUUGCUUCGGUCCCAAAAGCAAAGGUCAUGGCCGUUUACGAUUCAGUGAAGGCCAUCACGGACCCCGGAGUGCCAGCUUACAUGAAGUCCUUGGUGAACGGACCCGAUGCCGAGAAGGCCUACCAAGGAUUCCUGGAAUUCAAGGAUGUUGUUGAAAAGAACCAGGUGACCACCGCCAGUGCUCCUGCAGUUGUGCCUUCUGGGGACAAAAUUGGUGUAGCUGCAAAGGCGUUGUCCGAUGCAUCCUAUCCUUUCAUCAAGGACAUCGAUUGGCUGUCGGACAUUUACUUGAAGCCGCUGCCCGGCAAGACUGCCCCAGAGACGCUGAAAGCCAUCGACAAGAUGAUAGUGAUGGGUGCCAAGAUGGAUGGAAACCUCUUGAAGGCAGCAGCAGAGGCACACCACAAGGCCAUUGGCAGCAUUGAUGCCACCGGUGUGACGUCUGCGGCCGACUACGAAGCUGUGAAUGCAGCCAUUGGCCGCUUGGUGGCAUCCGUGCCGAAGACAACAGUGAUGGAUGUGUACAACUCUAUGGCCGGAGUCGUUGAUUCCACCGUCACCAACAACAUGUUCUCGAAGGUGAAUCCACUGGAUGCAGUGGCUGCCGCCAAGGGCUUCUACACCUUCAAAGAUGUUGUUGAGCGCGGCCGAGUUCAUCCUUUAACGCUGAGUACCAUCAGCGAUCUCUUGGCACUGCAAUCGGCCCCUCCAGGGAAGAUUUGGCGUGUCUGGCAGGCUCAACGUCAGCUCCUGGGCCCACGGCAUCCAGACGUGUGUUGCAGUGCUCUGCGCAUGGUCGAGGCAAGAAAGCAUAGUUGUCGCAAGCGCAAAAUGGCGCCAAGCAGCACAGCAAAUGCUGAGCCAGAGACCAAAAAGUUUGGUUCGUUGAGGUUGCGCAGCUGA